UGUCAACUGUCAAAAAAGUUUCUUUAACAACUGCAACGCAGCAGCUGUUGUUAUUUAGAACAAAGGUCUUAUUAGAGCAAAAAAAAUUCCUCAAGUCCAUACAAAAUAUCAAAUUUUAUUAUCAACGGAAUUAGCAAAUAACCGCAGUUUUACUUUUGACGUGGUUCUAUUUGGAAUGAACAAUUCUGUGAAUUUAUUAUAGACAUUUUAAAAGGUUGAAAUUCUUGUUUUCACAUCUUUGCAACUGACAAGCCAUUUGCCGUUUGGUGGCUUGUUUUGAGCAAAGUGGUCUCAACUCUCAGUUUAUGGGUUAUCAACACAUUUACAUGAAAGGAGAAAACAAGAACCGAUACGAUGUUUCAACACUUAAAGUUAAUAUUAUGGAAAAACUUAGUCAUAAGGAAGCGACAUUGGUUAUUAACCCUCACGGAAAUCUUAAUCCCCAUAUUAUUAUUCACUUUAGUUGCUUACGGCAGAUCGAAAAUAAGUGGUAUGAAUAAACAAAUCAUCACUUAUCCAACAUACUACAGAGAAAAUACGUUGGACGAGAUUUAUUCGCAUUUAGAUGUCGGAGAAUUACAGUUGUGGUAUGCACCUUACAACAAUUUCACUGAAAAUAUCAUCAAGAAAGUCCAGGAAACGUUCCAAAUCCCUGGCGAUGAUGUUCGGGAGUAUACAUCACCUGAAAAACUGAAACAGCAUUUUCAGAGUGCUUCAAAUUGUACGUCUCUGAUAACGUUGGUUAAUUUUCACGGCAGCGAUCCCAAACAUUUGAAUUACGACUUGGGCUUUUACGAUAAAUAUUCAUCAUGGGACACUGACAAGCUUUUUGUUCCUGUUAUAUCACAGGAAGAUCGAAGAUCGUCAAAAUACAUCUACAAAGGUUUUGCUGCACUACAAGUCGCAAUUGAUUUGGCAUUUCUGGAAUUACAAACGCUGAAGUCCCCGAAAAUCGAUUUUUCAAUCCAGGAAUUUCCAGAUCCGCCUCAUACCGACGAUUCGGGAUUGAGUCAACUUUUCAUAUAUUUUCUACCUCUGAUAACAAUUUUCAGCUUUAUAUUCUUGUGUCCAGCGGUGUUGCAAAAAGUCGGCGAAGAAAAACAUUCAGGAACUAAAGAAUUUAUGAAAAUGGUUGGUAUGAAUUCGUCAAUGUUAUGGUUGGGAUGGUUUAUCCAUGCUUUGAUGACGAAUCUUUUCUCCAUAAUUGUCAUCGUAGUGUUGAUGAAAGUACCUUUCUGGGGUGUUCCUUAUCCACCUAUUGAGUAUUCAAGUGGCGUUGUUCUCUUCGUCUUCUUGUUUUUAUACUGCAUGGCCGCUAUAACGUUCUGCUUCCUGGUAGCCACCAUAAUCAACAAACCAUCAAUAGCGACAGUGGUGGGAUUACUGAUUUGGAUCUUUUCGUACUUUAUACCGCAAGCUGUAGUAACUUCACAUGAAAACCUGGCGUGGAGAUUUAAAAUACCUUUGGCGUUAUUCCCCAACAUGGCACUUCAUUUCGCAUACAAGUCAAUUUCAGUUUAUGAAAUGAGGGAGGUGGGCAUCCAAUGGUCUAACAUGUUUCAAUCGGGGAGCGGUGGCGAAAAUGACGUAACAAUGGGAAACGUUUUCGUAAUGUUGAUUGUGGACAUGAUUUUAUUCAUGUUAUUAACAAUUUACAUUGAAAACGUCAAACCGGGGAAGUACGGAAUCGCCCAACCAUACAGUUUCCCGUUAAAAACUCUAAAGAAAUGCGUCAAAUGUUUGUAUUGUUCAAAAGUCGAAAAUGAUCCUGAAGCAGCACGUUUAAGUGACCCAGAAAAAUGUAUUGAAAUUAUUGAUUUAUUCAAAAAGUUUAAUAACGUCGUCGCCGUCGACAAUCUUAAUUUGCCUAUUUACAAAAACUACAUAACAGUUUUGUUGGGCCACAAUGGGGCAGGGAAAACCACCACAAUGUCCAUACUAACAGGAAUGAUCAAUGCAACUAAUGGAUCUGUUAAAAUCAACGGAAAAGAUAUCAAGAGACACACUAGUGAGGUCCGAAGACUUCUAGGUCUAUGUCCACAACACAACUUACUUUUUCCCGACUUGACUGUUUUCGAACAUUUGAAAUUUUUCGCAAUGAUAAAGCGAUCGAAAAAUUCAACCAAAGAGGCGACAGAAAUGUUGGAAAAACUCGGUCUUGAGGAGAAGAAAUACGAAAUGGCUUGUACUUUAUCCGGUGGGAUGAAAAGAAAGCUAUGUCUUGGCAUGGCCUUAAUAGGGGAUUCACAGGUAUUGAUUUUGGACGAACCGACGUCUGGUAUGGAUCCAGAAUCGCGUCGUAAAGUCUGGAACAUGUUGCUUGAGUAUAGAAAAACAAAGACAAUUCUAAUCACAACCCAUUUCAUGGAAGAAGCUGAUGUUCUUGGUGAUUACAUCGCCAUAAUGGCUGAUGGAAAACUACAAGAUCAUGAUACACCAUACAAUUUGAAAAUGAAAUAUAAUACGGGUUAUCAUUUGUCGUUGAUGCUGAAAUCAAUGAGCUUUGUAAAAGAAAUAACAAGUGAAAUUCAGAGGUUUAUUCCUAACGCCACAUUGUUGCGAACACAUCACGAUAGCCUCGUUUAUUUACUACCAAUGGAUGAGAAACAUAAAUAUAAAGAUGUUUUAAAAUCUUUGGAAGAAAAGAAUAAAGACAAUUGGGGAAUAAUUGCAGUGGGCCUCAGCUUAACUACACUCAAUGACGUCUUUCUAAAAGCUAGAGACAAACAUCUCGAACGUCUUGGAAUCGGGGAGAGUCAAGUCGACGGUUCUGAUAAACCCAUCUUUAAUACGACUAAAACUGUGAAAUUAAAUCGUUCCUUGAACAGUUUUCUAGCCCUACUUGUUAAACGUUGGUAUUUCUUUAAGAAAAAGUUUUAUUGGUAUUUUCCUGCCGUGAUUGUAUCAAUUACGAUUUUUCUCUUAGCCAUCUGGUUAGGCAUCUCAAGUACGGAUUAUAACAACGUCGGGGAGUCCCAAUUAAACCUAACUUUAAAAGUCUACGACAAAUCGCACACUUAUUUCGGGGGUGAUAACUUACCUGAGUUGAUUAAGAUGCGAAAACUGUACGAAGAAAUUGUCCAACAACAAGGGGGCUAUCCCGAACUGAAAAAAGACGUCUCUGCAGGGAUCAUAGAGGCGGGGAACAAAAACAUUGCCUUUUACAACAAACACAUAAUCGUCGCCGCUGAAUUUAAUAAAAGUUCAAACGAUGAAAUUAUUGUUAACGCAAUGUAUAAUCGUUUUGCAAUUCAUGCAGUACCAAUUUCGAUUAAUAUGGCCAUGAAUGCAGCACUUAAGGCUUUGUUAAAUGACAGUUAUUCGAUCACUACGAGUAAUACACCACUAAAAUCGUUCAGUACUGAAUUAACCCCCACUGAAUUAUCGGUGGUGAGUGUGGCAAGUGUUUGGGUGAUUCUGAUACCAAUGAGUAUGCUGUUUUUUGUCAGCAAUUUUAUCAUUUUUCCAAAUUCGGAAGUGUCGACACAUUUCUUACAAUUGCAGAUUUUCGCCGGAAUCAAAACGUAUUUCUAUUGGUUUACCAACAUUUUCUUUGAUUUUCUCUUCUCAAUUGUGCCACUCGCUGUACUUUUCGUGUCAUUGUGGCUUUUGAAUGUGUUUUGUUUUGAUUCAAUACUCUUCAAACACGAAGAAUUUGAAACUUUGAUGAUAAUUUGUUUAGUUUACGUCGUGUCGUCACUCCCUUUCACAUAUUUAUUGAGUCAUAAGAAAACUGUGACUGGAGGUUUUUCUUUGUUGCUAACACUUGGAAUUUUCACUAGUGUUACACCAACAAUUGUUAUUAUAGCAAUGGAGUUUUCAAACGAUGAUUAUUACAUCAACAUUGCAAAGAGUCUCAAGCAUGUUUUCAUCGUCUUCUUUCCGCAAUUUACUCUGAGCUAUAUUUGUACAAAAUUCACGAAGAAAUUUGUCGCUAAUUUCAAUUGGGAAUACAUGAAUCCGAGUAAACGUGAACAUAUUUGCAAACAAGAGCCAAAUCCAUGCUGUUAUGGUAUUACAAAAGAAUGCAACAUCUAUGAGAGUUAUUUGCGAAAUGAUAAGUUGGGGAUUCAGGAAGAUCUCUUGGAAAUGUCUGCCUCAUUUGGUCUGUAUUUUUUUGUGUUACUACUCAUGAAUACGGAAGCGUUCCAACGAAUCGUGCACUUCUUCAAAUUUAUUCCGGCUCAUAUUAAAGCCAAAAUUGCCAAAGAUUCGCAGAAAAGUAUCAAUGGGGGCUAUCAACCGAAAUAUCCAAGCGAAGCUGAAACACUAGUCGUUAAAAAAUUACGAAAAACUUACGGUCCAAAAGUUGUAGUGAAAGAUUUAAUGUUGCAACUGAAAAAGAACAAAUGUUUUGGGUUGUUGGGUGUGAACGGUGCUGGCAAAUCCACCACAUUCCGUAUUUUAACAAAAUCGUUAUUUUUUGAUGAAGGUGACGUUGAACUAGAUAAAGUACCCAUCAAACGAGAUGAUUACAUGGAGAAAAUCGGCUACUGCCCUCAGGAGGAUUACUUGAACUAUUUCCUAACCGGUAAAGAAGUUGUCUACUCCGUUGCUCGCUUGAAGGGCUAUUCCGAUGCAGAUGCACAGGAAAUCACAAAGGAUUUGUUGAAAUAUUUUGAGCUGGAAAAGUACCAGGACAAGCCUUGUUCGGACUACAGUGGUGGAAACAAACGCAAAUUGUGCUCCUGUUUGGCGUUUUUAGGGUCGCCUGAAGUUAUAUUGUUAGAUGAACCCACCAGUGGGGUGGACCCAUCUAGCAGACGUAACUUUUGGAAGAUCAUAAAUUCGUUUAAGGAGAAAGACAACACCUCGUUUUUGCUUUGUUCACACAGCAUGGAAGAGUGUGAGAAUUUAUGCGACGAAAUUGCGAUUAUGAAGGAAGGCACAAUAAAGGAUCAAGGAAGUCUUGUGGAGUUGAAAAACCGAUACAACAAGGGUUACAAAAUUACAAUCAAAUUAAGAUCGGAACAAGACGUUGAUUCACUUAAGGAUAUGUUUUCCAGACAUCUGAAGGCGAUAUUGCUUGAAGAAUAUGCGGGAUCGUUGGUGUACCAAGUAAAAGAUGAAAGUAAACGAUUGAGUGGAUUAUUUACAACACUUGAAAGUUUCAAAACGGAAUUUUCUUGUAUUGACGACUACAUCGUCAAUCAAAUGUCUUUAGAAGACAUAUUUUUAAGCGUCGCAGAUAGUAAUUAAGUAUUUAAUGAGAAUUCCGGUGACACGGAAUGGAUUAUCAACUUAAUGCAAUCCGAAUCAGCGUCCCGGACUUCAAAAGUCCGGGAGUUGAUAAUAAUGAGGAAUUGUAUUUGCAAAAUUUCCAAAAAAAUCGUAUAAAUACCAAAAAUAUCCGUAUUUGGAGUAACUAAAAGUUUUCUUUACUGUGAUAUUUUUCAAAUUUAGAGAGUAUUAUUUAUGAGUUGUUAAGAAAACCAUCUGAGAUGCUUAAAAUGUGUUUUUUACUUUUUUAUAUUAAAAUUAUAUUGUAUUAUAUUUUCAUCCUGUUUAUAUAUUUUAUUCGAUUCGUCGUACUUACACGUGGUGCUCACGCUAUUAAAACAUGAUAAUGCUUUAAAAAAAUUACAUUGUUGGUUAAUUUUUUAAACUGUUAAUUCUAGUCACUUUUACAACUUUUUUAGAAUAUGUGACGAAAUUUAAAAAAAACGCAAAAGCCUGGAUUUUACUGUGUAAAAAAGUUUUUAGUCAAAUUACCUAUAUUCUGGAAGAGCACUUCAAAUUUUUUUUUAGUGAUGUGUUAGGCUAUUCUUGAUUAGAAUGAAGAGGGAAGAGGCAACCUUUUCACUUUUCUUUGGUUUUAAGAGAGAAUGGCCAUAACGGUUUCUAUUUUUAAGUUCAAAAAAAUUAUCGGCGUUUUGAGGUGCUCGGUAAGAGUAUUGAGAAUAACUUUUUAACUUUUGUCACGUAUUUUGUCAAAAAUGAAUGCUAUUGUGCGACAAAAAUUGAUGUAUUUUAAGUUGAAAGAAGUUUCCAGUAAGGACUUAAUGGGAUAGAAAAAAGGUGGGAGUUUAUUAAUUAAAUACGGUAUAUGUAUAACUUCUUAUGUUACUUCUUAUCAAUGUAAGUUAUAUAUUGUUAAUAUAUUAAUCUCUAAUAUUGUGUAAUAAUAAUUUAUUUAAAAUAGUCACUUUCCAUAA